CAAAUAUUAACCGAACGGCAAAUAAAUUCCUUCGUUUCACUGUGACGAGUGUAGCUUUCGGGGGUUAAGUCCGAUAACGAAGACUCACCCUCUUGUAGAAUGCAAAUUUCACGCAAUUCAUAAGAGCCUGGAACUUUUGAGCAGUAGCAACAGUCAAAGCACUAACCACCGUAUCAAGUAACCAAAAAAGCAAUCUCGAGAGAGAGAUACGAAUGGAUUUACCGGAGCUGUGGGCAAUCCUCGGUCCUGCAGUCGCUGGUGCGGUAUUUGGGACUGGAUGGUGGUUUUGGAUCGACGCCGUCGUUUGUAGCUCCGUUACAGUCUCUUUCGUUCAUUACCUCCCUGGCAUAUUUGCAUCUAUUGCAGCUCUGAUGUUUAAUUGUGUUAGAAAAGAGGAUAUUGAUUACUCUCCUUACGAGGAAGGCGAGUGGAGAUUGAAGCUUUGGCUUUUCUUUGCAUAUGUCGUCUCCUUCGUCUCUUUAGCAGCAUCAGUGGGUUUGUUGAUUCAAGAUUCAAUUGUCAAAACAGGGCCUUCAGUGUGGACAGGAACUGCUGGCGUUUUGCAGUGUGUGUUCGUGCUGAUAAGUGGGCUAAUUUAUUGGACCUCACAUUCUGAAUGAGUUGUGGUGAUAAGUACAUUUACAUGUUUGGAGCUUGGAAUCAUGACGGAGGGAGUUGGCAGUGCAUGUAUCCUUACUUAACCCACGGGACAGAACAUACUUCUACAUUGUGUAAAUUUUUAUCCUGUGCUAACAAUAUUGAGCAUAAAAGCUGACCCGCGGAACUUUUCUGGAAUUUGAGAUGUUUGGUACGUAAUAAAUUGAAAUCUCAUAAACUCUGGUGUUUCUUCAA